AUGAGCAGAAAUCUAGUUGGAUAUGAGUUGAACUACACAACCGUGGAGAAAAAAUGCCUAGCAGUAGUGUUUGCAACCCAAAUGUUGAGACAUUAUAUGCUCGCAUAUUUAGUGAAGUUGAUUGCCAAGAUCGAUCCUCUAAAGUAUCGAAAAGCUAUAAAAGGACAAGUAAAUGCGAAUCAACUAGUUGAAGCGCCCCUGCGCGAUGAUACUCCAUUACACAUUGAAUUUCCUAAUGCAAAUGUUCUCAUCGUCAGCAAGAAGACUUGCGAACUAUAUUUUGAUGGCUCUUGCACACAACAUGGAUCAGGUGUAGGAAUUCUAUUCAUAACACCUCAGGACAAUACUAUCCCUAAAUCAUACGGGUUGAGCUUCCCAUAUACAAAUAAUACUGCAAAGUAUGAAGCACUAGUCGUUGGUCUCAAGAUGGCCAUUGAAUGGAACAUCAUAGAGUUGCAUAUAUAUGGUGAUUCACAACUAGUUAUCAACCAGCUAAAUGAUGAGUACCAAACCAAGGAUGAUAAACUAAUGCCCUACAAGAAGCUAGUUGAUGAUUUCAAGAAAUACUUUGUUGAGAUUACUUUUGAUCAGAUGCCAAGGAAUGAAAAUAAAGCAACAGAUGCCAUGGCAACGAUAGCAUCUCGUUUACAAACUCAAGAGAAUCAAGAGUGUUAUGAAUUCCUGGUAGAAGAUCUUUUUUAUCCAGCUCAUGAUCCCUUGACACACAAAUCAUCUGCAAUAUAUCUGAAACUAAUUCCUUAUAAUAUGGCCCAACGUAUCUUUACUUGA